AUGGGCAUGAGUGUGAAUCCUGGGGUGCUUACAUUCACAGAGGUGAACCAGAAGAUUACGUUCCAUGUUGAGUUUAUAGCAGAAGAUGGUGCUGGGAAGGAUGGUGUAGCCUUUGGUCAGGGAUAUUUGAGAUGGGUUUCUGAUAAGCAUAAUGUUACUAGCCCAAUAGGUGUGAUCUUUGACUCUAAGUAG